AUGCUGAAAGAAAUUGUAAUAUUCGUUGCACUUAUUUGUGGACUUGUAUUGUGCGCCAAUCGAAAUCCAAAUCCGACUUGCAACGCUGCCCCGGAAUCGACAGAUUUGACAUAUCGCAGAAUCCCAAGACUUGUCAUUUUUUUGAUUUCAGCGGGAAAUGAUGGAAACAAAGUUAGUUUGAGACGAAAAAUUUCAUUCGAAUAGUUUUGUUUCAGAAACCUAAAAUGAAUUAUAUCAUGAAACAAAUAGCCUGUUCUAUUCCAAACGAUGCCCAUUUGAAAUUGUCUUAUUUGUAUUACUCAAUAUUAACAUCUAGAACAUAUUCCUUGUUAAAAUAUGAUUUCGCUCUAUUGCGCACGUUGAUUGAUGAAAUAUUUAAUGGUAAGUUUGAAUUUUCCCCAAACAUACAUUCAUUUUAAUACUUUUAAUCGAAAGUUUUCAAGGCGUCGAGGUUCCAACAUGUGAUACUUAUAAAUCAGCUUUGACAUUUUUGAAGAACACAUAUGAGUUAGAGGCAUUCCCCGAUGUUGAUUUGAUUGUUCAACGAGCCCCUGGAUUAACUGGUUGCGACCUAUAUGCGGAAUUCAUUGCGACGAAAUUGCCAGCCGAAGUCAAGAUGUUCGAAGUUUCCUUCGACGAACAACCAAAAUCCCCAGUCAAUAUGAAAUACGACUUGAACUCAAUCAAUACAGCAGAAGCGAAUGAUCCAGUGUUGAAAGAAGCUACUGAUAAAUUGUAAGAAACAAUCACCUUCACUACUUCACUUCAAUUCUCGAUUUUUCAGUGUCAAUUCCAUCAAAUUGGCUCGUUAUCCAUCUGGAUCUGUUGGAAAUACAACUUCGCCAAGUUGUCAAGUUAAUGGCGGGAUCCGUCUCGGAAUUUUGUUUGGGGGUCUCGGGUUUGCUUUGAUUCUCGGAAUAUUUUUGGGAAUCAUAGGAGUUUUCCUUUACUUUAUGAUUAGAAAACAAAUGUAA